AUGGGCCUCAGAUAUCUCGCAUGCGCCGCGGCAAUAGCCGCGGUCGCGAUGCAUCCCUGGCUAGCCACGGCCGCCGACGUCGAGGCCAAUAUCACAGCCCUGACUGGUGGCGAACUCGAAGCCGAUUGGACAAACAUGUUCUACUCCAAAGAGAAGCCUCUACUGCUAGGAAACGAUGGAGGUGCUGCGACGGGAGGCUUUCACGCGUGGGAUCUGAACAGCGAUUCGCCACUGUCCGAGGUCAAGUCCAUGAUCACUGGCCGAACAAAGAUCAUCACGACAGUCUACAAUGUCACGGGGAAAGACUAUGCGGUUACUAUUGCGAUGCCGGACUCCAUAAUUCGCGUCUACGAGAUGCCAGGAUUCAAGGAAAUCGAGUCAGCCCAAGUGACCAUGCUUGGAGACUGGGCAGCCAUAUGCUCGUGGCGAACCAACAGUCUGAACGACUACGUCUUUCUCUUCGGUAAGAGUGUGGUAGUGCAGUAUGUGGUCCGCCCGACCAAGGACUCCAUUGAACUGGUGGAGGUUCAAAGCAUCCCAGUCCCAACAGAGUUCUCCGGCUGUGCUGUGGUACAAUCACAGGCUAAAAUGGUCGUUAAUGCCGACGAUGACAAGGAUAUCUACGUCUUCGAUCUCAAGGAAUCGACCAUUGCCCCAGAAAUCACCAAGCUUGGCGAGGCUGCGGAAGAUGUGACUGGUAUUGCAACAUAUGUCUCAAAUUCCACCGGCACUGACUACCUGUUUGUCGCUCAAGAAAGUAGCAUUGCUGUCUACAAGUACCCAUUCGAUCUUGUCGGCAAUAUCAAGCUUAAUGGCCUCGAGGAUAUCGAAGUCCAGGGCCUCAGUAUCUAUCAGGGCUCAAGUUCAAAGUACCCUAGCGGCGCUCUUGGCUUUGCUGUCGAAGCAGACAACGUCGCUGGAUUUGGAGUGGUGUCACUGGGUAGUGCUCUCGAUGAUCUCGGGAUAGAAGCCAACACCGCGUAUGAUCCUCGGAACGCAACUGGACCCCGCGACCGUUCUCCGAUCUGCGACGCCUGCUCGAGCAACGGCUACUGUCAAGAGAAUGCCCUAGGAUGUGGCUGCUUCGCUGGCUUCACCGGCGACAAGUGCGAUCAGGUCCAGUGCACGAAGGAUUGCUCUGGACAUGGCGAGUGUAUCGGGCCGCAACAGUGCGAAUGCGAGAAUGGAUGGGGAGGACUGUUCUGCUCGGCUGUCUUAGUCGAGGCUUCCUACGAAACUGACCAAAAUGGCGGCGACGGAGAUGAUCCCGCCAUUUGGAUCUCGCCGGAAUCAGCCGAUAAGUCCCGCAUCAUCACUACGACCAAGUCCACUGAGGGUGCCGGCUUGGGUGUUUUCGAUCUGAAGGGCAAGCUGCUCCAAACCCUGCCGGCGGCGGAGCCCAACAACGUCGAUAUGAUCUAUGGCUUCCAGGCUGGGAACAGGACUGUCGAUCUCGCUUUCGCUGCCUGCCGUGGCGACGAUACGCUUUGUCUUUUCGAGAUGACCUCGAAUGGAACCCUGAAAGACAUCCCCGGCGGCAUUCAGCCUGUCCCGGAGGACUACAAAGUCUAUGGUUCCUGCGUGUACAAGUCUCCCACCAGCGGCAAGCAAUAUCUCUUUGUCAACGAAAAGUCUGCUCGCUAUCUACAAUACGAGCUGACGUCCAACUCGAAUGGUACUCUCCAGACCACUCUCGUUCGUGACUUUACAGGGGGUUCAGGCGGCCAGGUUGAGGGAUGUGUAACGGACGAGGAGAAUGGCUGGAUCUUCCUCGGCGAAGAGCCCUCUGCCCUGUGGCGUUAUGGUGCCGAGCCCGAUUCUUCCGACGAUGAUGCCAUUCAAAUUGCCUUUGUAGGCGACGGCCAGACCUUCGCCGACGUGGAGGGCGUUACCCUCGUCUACGGCGUAAAACCUGAUCAAGGAUACAUCCUCGUGUCUAAUCAGGGCGUCAGUUCUUACAACGUGUAUACUCGAGCCGAUCCACACUACUAUGUGACAACUUUCACAAUUCCCAAGUCGUCGGAUGGACAGAUUGAUGCGGUUUCGAAUACCGAUGGCAUCACCGCGGUCGGGACAAAUCUUGGAAAGGACUUCCCUCACGGAUUAUUCGUUACUCACGAUGAUGCCAAUCAACUGCCUGACGGUAGUACCAGUACCGAAGCUAGCUUCAAGCUAGUAAGCCUGGAGAAGAUUCUGGGGGCCGAUAUGAUCAAGGCUAUGAACCUCCUUGAUAAUGUUGAUGCUAAUUGGGACCCAAGGAAGUAA